GACACCGAAACAUGGAAAGUGAGGUAAUGAACGGCUUGGUUGUCAACUCCGACCUUCACCAAACUCACAGCAACUUUCUGCCGUCGAUGAAGUCCAUGCCGAUUUCUGCAGUAAAGGAGAACAGUGUGUUGCAGUCUCUGGUGAGCAAAGGAGAGGAGCUGGACAUAGAGCCGGAAAACGAUGAAUUGCUAAAAGCGGAACAGGAAUGGGACGCACUUGAAAGUAUACAGACAGGUCUGUACUGUGACAAAUCAGGACUUCUGAGUGACCUUCCUGGACAAACGCCUUUGAUCUCCUUCAAUGAAGCAUUGCAAUAUUUCCAGACAGCGGACCUGUCCGAGUACAUGAAAAGGAUUCAGCCCACUGUCCGGCGCACCGGCCUCUCUGCAAUCACUCAUUUGCUGUUCGGACCACCACGGCUUAAUAGAGACCUUCACGCAGAGAGAGACUUGGUGCUGGCAAUAGCACAGUGUCCACUGGACAGCAGUCAGCAAGUUCAUGUUAGAGUCUUGCAGACCAUAUACAAGAAGCUGACAGGUGCCCGCUUUGACUGCCCCUUAUACGGAUCACACUGGGAGCAAUUAGGAUUCCAAGGUAUGGAUCCUGGAACAGACUUGAGAGCUGCAGGCCUGCUCGGUCUGAUGCACCCACUGUACAUGGUGAUGGAGCCAAAAACACUGCCCCUGGCACAUGAUAUCUUCCGGCUGUCACAGCACCACACACAGAAUUUUCCCUUCUGUAUAAUGUCCAUAAACAUCACCAGGAUUUGUAUCCAGACCCUGAGAGAGGAGCGGGUGUCUAGGGAGUGUAACCGGAGACAACAAGUUUUUGCUGUACUGAAUGAUCUCUAUGUGGCUAUAUUCUACCACCUCUACCAUGUGUGGAAGACACAGAACAAAACCAUCAGUGACUCCGGCUUCAUCCUCAAAGAACUUGAAACAUUUGCCAAGAGGAAGCCUAAAGACCUUUUACGCCAGCUGGAGAUGUAUCUCAAGGAGCGGCCUUUGCCUAAAGAUCUACCCCUGGAAAUCUGGGCCCCACACUCCUCGGAGCAGCGGAUCUCCAGCCACGAAGGCACUAACGGACAGGCCGGAGGGAUGUGUUUCACCGGGGUGUGUGAGCAACAGGUGCAGGAAGACCGCCUCAUCUGAAGCCAACUGUGAGCAUGCUGGAGGCAUGAAGGUGUAUGUGAUCACCAAUGUUGGCUAUGUGAGCCAUGCGCCAUCCAUGUUGUGCAUUGGGUGUGACUGUCAGGAAUGUGGGCUGCAGACUAAAGCACCAUUUGUGUACUGCUUAAAUAGAGCCUAGUUUAUAGCUCAUGUGUACCACAUGUAAAACCUAAGCUGCAGAUCACGUCUGACGUCUCUAACGUCAUAUGCUCAGGGUAUAAUCACCCAGGCUGACCCUAAUAUGGAAACAACACUUAGGCACGACGAGAAUAGCGAAGAUGCCAGCUUAUAGAAUAGAGGACGGAGGGCAGUAGUGAUCCAGUAGAGUAGGCAGUGGGGCUAAUGUGGGUUCGGUGGUGAUGGAUCCAGCACGGAAUAGUAAGACUGAGGCCAUUUAUAAUACAUUAACCAACCCGUGACCAUGCAAUGCAUGUCCUACUGCUGCAUGUGCUGGUAUUCCUAGGGUAGGGUGCCUGUCCUAGCCAAGCCACUCAUGUAGAGGGUUGUAAAUGGCAACUCUUCGUGUGAUGUCUGUUAGAAAAUGGCACAAAUUUCUCAAAAGGCCCAGCUGAUUGGUGGAGGUGAUACUGCUCCGUUCCACUGA